UAAUAAUAUAGGUUCAAAGAUUAUAACAAUAAUAAACAAUUACACCCAAUUUGUCUGUUAUUUCCUACACAGUUACAGUUUUAAAGUUUCUGUAAAUUGAAAUCCAGUUCCAAAGUUUCUGCAAAUUGGAGAAUGAAGUACACCUCUAAUAACCGGUUAUUUAGGCUCGAAAAUGUUCACCAUCAGAAACAGUGCCAAACUAGGAUUCAGACUUUGGAGCACCCGAUCGAUUGCCAGCUUAUCAGCGCUGCCUGAUACGCAUCAGAUGUUACAGAAAACUUGUCGCGAUUUUGCCGACAAUGAACUGAUCCCGAUUGCGGCAAAAAUCGAUCGUGAGCAUCUGUACCCGGCAGAGCAGAUCCAGAAAAUGGGCGAACUUGGUGUGAUGGCAGUGGCGAUUGAGGAGAAGUACGGGGGCACCGGAUUGGACUAUCUGGCAUAUGCGAUCGCUAUGGAGGAAAUUUCUCGCGGUUGCGCCUCAGCCGGUGUGAUCAUGUCCGUAAAUAAUUCCCUCUAUCUGGGUCCACUCGAUCGAUACGGAACUGAAGAACAAAAGAAAAAGUAUAUUGCUGAAUAUACCGAUGGGAAAAAGGUCGGUUGUUUCGCAUUGUCUGAACCUGGAAACGGAUCAGAUGCUGGAGCGGCUUCUACCAUUGCUACAGCUAAAGGUGAUCGCUGGGUACUGAAUGGAACCAAAUGUUGGAUUACUAACGCUUAUGAAGCAGAGAGUGCUAUUGUAUUUGCAACAACUGACAAAGGUCUUAAGCAUAAGGGUAUUUCUGCAUUUAUAGUUCCAAGAAAUAGUAAAGGGUUUUCAUUGGGCAAAAAGGAAGACAAACUCGGCAUUCGAGGAUCAUCAACAGCGCAAUUGAUUUUCGAGGAUUGUGAAAUCCCAAAGGAGAACUUACUAGGAGAACCAGGAUUAGGCUUCAAAAUUGCUAUGCAAACGUUGGACGCAGGCCGCAUAGGCAUUGCCAGUCAAGCCCUUGGCAUCGCCCAAGCAUCACUGGAAUGUGCUGUCGAUUAUGCCAAUAAACGAAUGGCUUUCGGCAAACCUAUUUCCAAGCUCCAAGCAAUCCAAUCGAAAAUUGCCGAUAUGUCCGUCAGCCUGGAGUCGGCUCGAUUACUAACGUGGCGUGCGGCUUGGCUGAAAGAUAAUAAGAAACCUUACACCAAAGAAGCUGCACAGGCAAAGCUAACCGCUUCGGAAGCGGCUACUUUCUGUGCCCAUCAGUGCAUUCAAAUUCUAGGAGGUAUGGGAUACGUGUCGGAUAUGCCGGCAGAGCGACACUACCGGGACGCCAGGAUUACAGAAAUUUAUGAAGGAACGUCCGAGAUUCAACGCUUAGUAAUCGCCGGGCAAGUUAUCAAGGAGCUGUCUGCCUGAUGGUAACAAAUGACAGUUGUUUAAUAGGAUAAAUUGUAACAUUCAAUAAUCACAUAUUAAUAAAAAAAGAAAUGGAAUCAUGUGCAGGGCUCCAGACCUGAAAGGCAAUAAAAACCACCAGACCAAUAGUCCGUUUUCGGAAAUCAUACUGGAACGAAGAACGAAAAUGGCAGAUUGCAUGGAAUGAUCAAACGGAAAAUGAGACGAAAUGUUGCUGAAUGAUUUGAAAUGACUUUCUGAAAACGGCAACCCCAAAUAUACACCCAAAGUGAAAAAUAAA